CAGCAUCUCAAAUCUUCAUUUCAAAAUGCGUGAAGUCAUUUCCGUCCACGUUGGUCAGGCUGGUGUGCAGAUCGGUAACGCCUGCUGGGAGCUCUACACUGUCGAGCACGGUCUCAGCCCGGAUGGGCGUCUGGUUGAUGGCUCGCCGUCCGCGCAUGACGAUGGCUUCAGCACGUUCUUCUCGGAGACCUCCUCUGGCAAACACGUGCCGCGUUCGCUCUACGUUGACCUGGAGCCCAAUGUUAUUGAUGAGGUCCGGAGCGGCACCUACAGGAGUCUCUUCCAUCCCGAGACUCUCGUGACUGGCAAGGAGGAUGCGGCUAGCAACUACGCUCGUGGCCACUACACCAUUGGCAAAGAGCAGAUAGACAAUGUCAUGGAUAAGAUUCGCCGGUUGGCCGACAACUGCAAUGGUCUCCAGGGCUUCUUCGUCUUCCACUCUUUCGGUGGUGGAACUGGCUCCGGUUUCGGUGCCCUGGUCCUCGAGCGUCUCUCGACGGACUACGGCAAGAAGUCGAAGUUGGAGUUCAGUGUGUACCCCGCUCCUACCAUGGCCAACUCCGUGGUUGAGCCUUACAACUCGGUCCUGACGACUCACACCACGCUUGAGCACUCGGACUGCUCCUUCAUGGUCGACAAUGAGGCCAUCUAUGAUAUCUGCAAGAAGAGGCUCAACAUCACCUCCCCGAGCUUCACGAACCUGAAUAGGCUGAUUGCUCAGGUCGUGUCUUCGAUUACUGCAUCCCUUCGUUUCGAUGGUUCCUUGAACGUCGACUUGAACGAGUUCCAGACCAACUUGGUCCCCUUCCCUCGUAUUCACUUCCCUCUCGCGACAUUUGCGCCGAUCAUCUCUGCUGAGAAGGCUCACCACGAGCAGAACUCCGUUGCGGACAUGACCUUCUCUUGCUUUGAGACGGGCAACCAGAUGGUCAAGUGCGACCCGAGGGAGGGAAAAUACAUGGCUUGCGCCCUCCUUUACCGCGGUGAUGUUGUUCCUAAGGAUGUCAACGCCGCUGUCAGCAUUAUCAAGACGAAGCGUACCAUUCAAUUCGUCGACUGGUGCCCUACCGGCUUCAAGCUCGGUAUCUGCAACGAGCCUCCUGCGCAUAUUCCUGGCGGUGACUUGGCCAAGGUCACCCGUAGCCUUUGUAUGCUCUCGAACACCACUGCCAUCUCAUCGGCCUGGAGCCGCCUUGACCACAAGUUCGAUCUCCUGUACUCCAAGCGUGCGUUCGUCCACUGGUACGUCGGUGAGGGAAUGGAGGAGGGUGAAUUCUCGGAGGCUCGUGAAGACCUCGCAGCCCUCGAGAAGGACUAUGAAGAGGUCGGCAUUGACUCCGCGGAUGCAGAGGAGGUUGGCGAGUAUUAAGAUUCUGGGAAGGUGUCGUUCAUCUCUGCUCUUUACGGUUUCUCUGUCGAAUUUAUACAGCUUCGUCGUCGUCGUCGCUAUGAUGUUCACGUACGAUAUCCCCGCCUG